AUGGACAGCUUUGACACCCUUGUCAGAUGGUUUACGGUGCAGUACGCAACAAGCCAGCCUCAUCACAUCACGUCAGCUGCUCUAGCCAGUCUUAGACAGAGCGACGACGAGCCACUGAGGACGUUCAUGGAGCGUUUUGCCAGCAUCUCGGUCAAGAUUCAAAAUUUGAAUCCCGAGGUUGCCCUGCAUGCCACGCUUAUGGUACUCAAGCCAGGACCGUUUAUCGACAGUCUGUGUCGGCGACCCCCUAUUGACAUGGACGAACUCCGCGCUCGAGCUGCAGGUUACAUUCAGAUGGAAGAGCACUCUACUUUUCAUGACCAGGUCCAAGGUAAAUCGCAGACAAAGUCGGUCCAAGGCCACAAAGAUAAGGUGAAGGUCACCAACGACAGUCAAUUCAAGAGGACUGCCAAGACAAAUAGGGGGUAG